CAGGAACCAUUAAAUACAGAUGAUGAUAUCAGUGAAGAAGAUCCUAAUGAUUUAUUUGAUACUGACAAUGUUGUAGUGUGUCAGUAUGAUAAAAUAAACAGAAAUAAAAAUAAGUGGAAAUUUCAUCUGAAAGAUGGUAUUAUGAAUCUACGCGGUAAAGAUUAUGUGUUUCAGAAAGCCAAUGGUGAAGCAGAAUGGUAG